UUGAAAUCAAACAAGCAUCGGUGAGGGGAUGUGAGGGAUGUUAGCUAGUCACGGUCGAAGCGGUUUCAUUCCUUCGUUUUUUUAUUUUAAAUCUACAUUUCCUUUCUUAUAUCUAUAUUUACCUUUUUUUUUUACAACUUCAUAACUGCUGCUAAAAGGCUCGGCCCAGCGAUAGCUUCCUUAUGUAGGUAGCCACAAACAUCAGCUCUCGUCAACUGGCCGACGUAGCUGCUAGUUUGCAAAGGUUACUUAACCUGCUCGAGAGCUGCUUUCAGCUCGUUUAAAUUCCGGCUAUCGGACGGUCGUUGCUCUCGGUCAUUGUGAAAUAAUAUAUUUAGAAUAUGGACUCUUCUGCCAGACUCAAGCUGACAAAGGAUAUGAAACUUAAAAGGCCAGAAAUGAAGUCGAGCAGUGAAGGACCAAAGCGAAUUCCUGUGUCACAACAGUCACAGAUGACUCAAAUGGCUGUAGUUACACCAACUCUCCAGCCAAACCACCAUCAGAAUGUGAACCCCAUUACUCAUGUAAAUCCUGCUGCCUAGCCCAAACCCGUUUCCCAGCAACAGGAGAAGCCUCAGAACAAACCUGCCAAGAAUGAUUAUGCAGACGCCUCUGCAUCAAAGAAGCGAUGGAGCCUGGAAAAUUUUGACAUUGGCCGUCCCUUAGGAAAGGGUAAAUUUGGCAAUGUCUAUCUGGCCAGAGAGCGACAAAGUAAGUUCAUCUUGGCCCUGAAGGUGCUCUUCAAGAAGCAGCUGGAGAAGGCUGGGGUGGAACACCAGCUGAGGAGAGAGGUGGAGAUCCAGUCUCACCUCAGGCACCCCAAUAUCUUGCGCCUCUACGGCUACUUCCAUGACGCAUCUCGCGUUUAUCUCAUCCUCGAGUUUGCACCCAGGGGAGAACUAUACAGUGAGCUGCAGCGCUGCCAAAGUUUUUCUGAGGACAGAAGUGCCACAUACAUCAUGGAGCUUGCAGAUGCCCUCAACUAUUGCCACUCUAAGAAAGUGAUCCACAGGGACAUCAAACCAGAGAACCUGUUACUGGGGGCCAACGGGGAGCUGAAGAUAGCCGAUUUUGGCUGGUCUGUUCACACACCGUCCUCCAGGAGGUCCACUCUGUGUGGAACACUGGACUACUUGCCUCCAGAGAUGAUUGAGGGCAAAACUCAUGAUGAAAAGGUGGACCUGUGGAGCCUGGGUGUCCUCUGCUACGAGUUCCUGGUUGGAAAACCCCCCUUUGAAGCAAAAAGUCACGAGGAGACCUACCGCAGGAUAUCAAGGGUCGAAUACACUUACCCAGCACAGGCCCAAAUCAGUGCCGGAGCCAAAGACUUGGUUGCCCGACUUUUGAAGCACAACCCCCUGCACAGACUGCCCAUCCAGGGAGUCCUGUCCCACCCCUGGGUGGUCGAGUACUCGACAAAGAAGCCCACCAGCCUGAACAACGAAGAGCCCAGCCAAUGAGCCUUUUUAUAUUGGAGUGGUAGGGAUCAGAGUAACUGGCUCGUGUGGAACACGAACACUGGGCUGCACCUGAUUAUUAGAAUCAGCUUCUACUACCACGCCACCACAUGUGGAUGUUUUUUAUCUGCAGGCAUUUUGAGCCACUUGGUUAUCAUAUCCUUUUAUCCUCUUGAGUUUCCUCGUCUUACCAAUGGCAUUCUGUUGCCUGUAAAUAUUUCACUGUUUUUUUUUGUAUAAUUAUGAAAAUGUUUUUGAACUUCUAAAAUGCCAUUACUUGAAAUAAAAAAAUAAAUUAUCUUUUACGGAAUUAUGCCACUUUAGAAUUGAGUGGUAUAUGCCCAUGAUAGUGAAUAUUAUUUUUUGUCUUCUGUGCAUUUCAAGCUCUCAGUUAAAUACUUGGUAAGCAAGACUUUGCACUAAAGGUCCAGUGUUGGAUACUCACAUAAACCCCUAAGUACUGUGUUUUAUGAGCCUCCUUCAGUGACAUGCGGCCAGCAGAGGGCGCCAGUAUACUAAUACAACUGAACUGAGAAGCUGUUCCAGACUUUUGAGAGUAUUAAUACCACUGUCACCGUUAAUAAAUCUGUUCAGCACAGCUCAAUUCCUAUUUCAAUAAAAGGCUGAAAUGUA